UUGUGGACCUUUGUCUUUUUGUUGAUUUUGCUUGUUUUUGGAUAUCGUGUGUCACGGACGCUCGGGAGUUCCCAUCCCUUCCGGAUAAGAUGUGCCACAUGGUGAUGGCGUCAGUUAUGGCUGAUUGGAUGUCGCUUCUCUUAUUAUUUUUUUUCACACCCUCCUAUGCCACUAUAACAUAUCGCUUACGGGAGGAGCAACCACCAAACACACUGGUGGGGAGUUUAGCAUCAGAUCAGGGACUUCCUGAUUCAGGUCACUUGUACAAACUCGAGGUUGGUGCCCCCUACCUUAUUGUGGAUGGAAAAACAGGUGAUAUCUUUACAACAGAAGUUCCUAUUGACCGUGAAACACUGAAAGACUGUCAAAAUCUGUUUGAGGGUGAUCCCUGCUUUCUGGAAUUUGAAGUUUCUAUCACAGACUUGAUUAAAGGUUCUGGACCUCGACUGAUUGAGGGCCGAAUUGAGAUCGAGGAUGAGAAUGACAAUACACCUCAAUUCUCAUCACCCGUUUUGUCAUUAUCAAUUCCUGAAAACACUCAUGUCGGAGCACUGUUUGCAAUUCCAGUAGCUACUGAUAAAGAUGCAGGAAGUAAUGGUAUUGCAGAUUAUUCACUGACUAGCCCAGAUGUCACAGAACUGUUCAGUCUCCAGGUGGCAGGAAAUGCAGAUGAGAAAGUGCCACAACUAAUUGUUUUAGACAGUCUGGACCGUGAGCAACGUGAUUCAUAUGAUCUCAACAUCAAAGUCAUGGAUGGUGGCCAUCCACCACGGUACAGCAGUGCUUUACUGAGAAUCACCAUUACAGACACCAAUGACAAUGUGCCUAAAUUUGAGCGUUCACACUACGAUGGAGAACUUGCUGAAAAUAGUCCUGUUGGUUCUACAGUCCUGCAGGUAAAAGCUAAUGAUGCUGACACAGGGGAAAAUGGAGAAGUCACAUUCAACUUCUACCAGCCACCAAACAUUGUGCAGCGCCUGCUUAACAUAAACCGAAAUACUGGCACCAUCUAUGUCAAAAGUCCAGCAGAUCGUGAAGAAGGAAGUCUGCUGAAAUUUUAUGUACAGGCCAAAGACAAUGGCUUACAAGCCAAGAGUUCCAAAGCUCUGGUGACAAUUACUGUGAAGGACAAGAAUGACAAUGCUCCAUCAAUCGGGAUCCGAGGAUUUGCUCUGGUGGCUCAUGAGGAUGGCAUUGCCAACAUUUCUGAGGAUAUGCCUGUUGGUACCCCGGUAGCUCUGGUGGAAGUGACAGAUCGAGAUGAGGGCCAAAAUGCGGUGGUGACUUGUGUAGUAGCAGGAGAUGUACCUUUUCAGCUACAGUCAGCCUCAGACACAGGAAGUAGAAGGAAGUACUUCCUUCUGACCACCACACCAUUGGAUUUUGAGCAGGUCAAAGAAUACAGAAUUGACAUUAUAGCUGUUGAUUCAGGAAACCCAGCUCUUUCCAGCACCAACUCACUAAAAGUCCAAGUAACAGAUGUAAAUGACAACUCUCCAGUUUUUUCUUCAUCACAGUAUGAAGUAGACUUUUCAGAAGACAACCAGCCAGGUGAUAAAGUUUUGCAUGUAGUAGCCACAGAUGCUGAUAGUGGGACCAACGCUGAGUUGACAUACAAAAUAAUUGUAGACUCAGACAUCAAGGGGCUUUUCAAAAUUAAUCCUAACACAGGAGAAAUCCAAGUGAUGAAUCAACUGGACCGUGAGCACAGAGAAUGCUACAAGUUUCUUGUUGAGGCAAUGGAUAAAGGGGGUCCCAGUAUGAUGGGAACAGCAACAGUUGUAAUUAAUGUACUUGACCGCAAUGACAAUGAUCCUAAAUUCAUGCUAAACACUUACACUUUUUCAGUUCUGGAGAAUCUGCCCCCUCUUAGUGCAGUGGGGAUGGUGACUGUCACAGAUGUUGACAAGGGCGAAAAUGCCCAGGUUUACCUAUCAGUAGAACCAGACAAUGGAAGGUUUUUAAUUCAGAAUGGAACAUUCACCAUCCUUUCAAGCAUUUCUUUUGAUCGGGAAAAGGAAAACACAUACACAUUUCGACUAAAAGCUGUUGAUGGAGGUGACCCUCCUCGCUCUUCCUAUGUGGGAAUUUCAAUAAAUGUCCUCGAUGUAAAUGACAAUGCUCCAUAUGUUACCAAACCCUCUAACUCAUCGUACAAGUUCUUGUCACCACUAACAAGUCCAAAAACACAUGUGGAAAAGGUGGAAGCAGAGGACAUUGAUACUGGAUUGAAUGCAGAUCUUGAAUUCAGCAUCAUGGGUGGAAACCCUUAUGGACUUUUUCAUAUUUCAUCCACAGGAGAGAUUACUCUUACCGAAGAAUUGAGCAGGAAGCACAAUGGCCUUCACCGCCUGGUCAUAAGAGUUAAUGAUAUGGGGAACCCUCGCAAGCAUACCACUGCACUGGUCCACAUCUUUGUAAAUGAAACCGUCGGUAAUGUGACACUGGUGGAGUCUCUGAUUGGCCACAGCCUCUACACUCCAUUAGAGACUGACAUUGCUGGAGAUCCAGACUACGUGUAUGGCCAGCAGAGCAACAUUUUCUUUGGAAGCAUUGCAGGAAUUGCUGUAGUCAUCCUAGUUAUUGUGGUGGUUGUUGUCAUCAGGCACCAUUUGCAGAAGAAGGCCAAAAGUGGAUAUCAACCUGGAAAAAAAGAGUCCAAAGAUUUUUACACGCCCAAGCAAGAAAAUAAAAUUUGCAAGUCUAAAAGGUGCAAAAAGAACAAGUCUCCAAAACCAGCACUGGAGGAGGAUGAAGAUGAAAGUCUUCAGAAAGGCUUGAAAUUUAACUCGAUGAGUGACAGCGACAGUCCCAGAAUCCAUCUAUCACUCAAUUACCCCCCAGGAAGCCCUGAUUUGGGCCGCCACUACCGUUCCAACUCACCCCUUCCUUCUAUUCAGUUGCAGCCGCAAUCCCCCUCUGCUUCAAAGAAGCAUCAGGCUGUUCAGGACCUUCCGGCCACUAACACCUUUGUAGCGACCGGGGACACCAACUCAACUGGUUCGGACCAGUAUUUGGAUUACAGCUACAAGACCCAACCACACAAAUACACUGCCAAACAGCUGCCACAUCGUCGUGUGACCUUCUCAACAACCAAUCCAUCACAGGAUCUGCAGGACUCCUCCCUUCACAGUUUCUAUGACAGUGGCCUUGAUGAAUCAGAAACACAGAGCAGCAAAGGUUCCUCAGGACCAAGAAUUGUGCCAUUACCACUGCCUGAGGAUCACUAUGAGAGAACAACUCCAGAUGGCAGCAUAGGGGAGAUAGAACACCCUGAAAAUGACCUAAGAUCACUUCCAGAUGUGGCAAUGACUGGGAACUGUACACAUGAGUGCACUGAGUUUGGUCAUUCAGAUUCAUGCUGGAUGCCAUCGCCGAACCGAAACUCAAAACUUACCAGGAGUGGAUCAAAACUUUCCACUUUUGUGCCUUACCAUGAGUGGGAGCCUCAGCAGCCAGUGAUAGGCAAUGGAAGUCCCAAACCCAUGAGAGAGGAGCUUGGGGGUGAGGCCAGUAAGCUAUCUGGAAUUUGCUUCAUGACCCUCUACACUAGUGCUUACUCUGCUGGGGGUGAGGGUGUGAAGGAUGGUGCUAUGGAGGAAACUCCAUUGAGCCAAACAGCAGUGACUUUUUCUUCCAGGCAGGGGUCCAAAAAGGAGAUUUACCUGUGAUGGAUCAGUGUCAGGGGUCAUUAGAUUAUCAUCAACCCAAAUGCACCCAGGAUUUGAAGCUUGACCCAAAUGUUUAAACAGUUUUGGAUAAUUAAAAGAAAGUGAGGUAACUAGGGUGACUAUAAAUUCUUAUUCUCAACAUCAUGCUAAUGCUGAAAAAAACAAAGCAGGGUAGUCUAAUAUUAUCGGUCAGGUUUAAUAGAUUAAAUAAAUACUAAGUUUAACCCUCUCAUUAUGUUACGGGUCAAUUUGACCCAUUUCCACUUUUGAGCCAUGAAAUUGUUUGACUUUUCAUUAAUUUGGGUCCUGAACUUGCUUGCAAAGUUUGGUCACACUGAUGUGUUGUCUGUACAGUCUGUACAGUGUUUGUGUACAAAGAUGUUGUCUUGGGUCAUUUUGAUCCAGAUGUUUUUUUAUUUGAUGUAUACUGAUGCAUACCUGUCAAGUCUCCUGUUUUGUCCGGGAAACUACCGUAUUUUACCCCUCUUUCCCGCCGUCCUCCCGUAUUAGUAUUUUCCCGUAAAUUUCCCGUAUUAUAUUAUAAUUUUAAAAAACAUUCCUGUGCCUCUCCAAACUGAAAUGUCACUAACCUCGCGAGGAUGCAAGGAGAGAGAGGGCAUUCCUGCCAAAAAAUUAAAGACUGCAUGUAAAUAUCUAGAGAAAUGGGACAUCGAAUUUACCUUUCUAAAGAGGAGAAGAAAAUAAAAUGUGUUUCACUUUAAGACAAGCAAUGUGUAUAUAUGCUGAAAAUAUGUAAAAUAAAUAAAUGUGCUUCAAUUCCCUUUUGUGUUUUCAUUUAGGCUGUAUUAUAAGAAUUACAUAUGUAGGAAUGUCCACAGCAUUUCAGUGUCAACAAAGGUAGGCCUAUCAGAUUCUGAUCAUCUAAUUGUAGUUUGUAAGUGGUUCACAGGUGGUUAUUUUAGAUUUCUUGUAAACCUGUCUUAAAAUGUAAGGGAUACUGAACCUCGGUUGGGCUGGUGGGAUGGCUCGAAGCGCGCGGCGGAAAAUUUUCCUUAUUUUUAAAUCCAAAACUUGACAGGUAUGCUGAUGUUAUGACUGGUUCUGAUUGCCCUAAGAGGGUUAAAAGGAGCUUGCACACAGUUCUUGUCAGUUCUACAGCUGACAAUAUCUGACCCAGAAUAUGGAAUAUUUAAGUCUUCAAGGAAAAGCCAUGUGGAGGUGCAUCUGAAAUGAACCAGGGGACAAGGGUGGUGCUGGAUAUGAGCAGAGGUCUACAGGGUCAUACCAAAACAAUCAACCAUCAAUGGAAUGAGGGCAAAUUGCACCGACAUUGGAUUUUUUACUCAUCACUCCCAAGAUCCAAAGGCAAACCUGGCCACCUCAAUCUCCACAGCUGCAGCCGUUGUCCAGAAAAUUCAAGCUGGUGUAUAAACACAUACAGCCAAUUAGCAAACAAUGAAUCCAGUGGGCAUACGUUAUGGCAAUAGGACUGCCCAUUUCAACAAUAUAGUAAAACCAGCACCACAUGUGUCCAGUGCAGGAAAUACAUCUGCAGAAAACAUGCUUACACUUAUCAUGUGGGGAUUGUUUAACAAAAAGUAUGAAAGACUAGCCAUACCUGAGAAAUUACAAAAAAAAUAAAUCGUUAAUCUAUGUUACCAUGUCACGAUGUUAUCAAUCGUAUUUUCACAAUGCUACAGUUUAUUGUUAAUUAAAUAAUUGUUUGAAAAAAUUAUGUAUACCAUAUGCGCUCAUAUUUCAUGUUU